CCGCGGCGAGUCCGCAUGCGCAGAUUCCGAAGCCAGGGACUAUACCUGGGCGGCGGAGUCACGUGGGUUCUAUUCUGGGAAGCAGUUGCGCCGCCGCCGCUGCUGGAGCUCAAGGAGACUCGGUGCGUCCUUGGCGGUGGAAGGAGAGCGAAGCCGGAGGAAGAGAGAGAGCGAGCGAGCGAGCGCCUCAAGAUGCCCCGGGGCAGCCGAAGCGUCGGGUCCCGGUCGACCGCGGCCAGCCCAGCUCCGUCGCAUGCCGCCCCUCCAGCUCAUCCUCCCCCGUCGGCUGUGGCCGCCCCCGCUCAGCCCCAGCAACCGGGCUUGAUGGCCCAGAUGGCCACCACUGCUGCCGGAGUGGCCGUUGGCUCAGCCGUGGGGCAUGUGGUGGGCAGCGCCCUCACCGGGGCCUUCAGUGGCAGCAGCUCUGAGCCAGCGAAGACCGUCAGCGGUGCUCCCAGCCAGGAGCCCAGGCAGCAGCCAGCCUAUCAGCAAUCCCAGUAUGGGCCCUGUCACUAUGAGAUGAAGCAAUUCCUUGACUGUGCAACAAACCAGAGUGACUUGACCUUAUGUGAGGGCUUCAAUGAGGCUCUGAAGCAGUGCAAGCAUGCUAGUGGCGUUCAUUCCCUGUUGUGAAGACGUUUUGGCUCAGUGCUGUGGAAUAAAAAGCACCUGGAAGGACGCCGUAAACCCAAGGGGACGGGAAGGGCUAGCGAUCAGUGGAUGAGACGGAUCCAGCUGCAUCAAUAAAAACUCUUUCGUGCUGUUCUCAGUUGCAGAUUAGUAUGCACUUUUUGGCUGAAAUACUUCUAUCUUUGCACUGUGAAGACUGAGGCAUCACUUGACUUGUUAGGGAAAAUGUGAAAUAAAAAAUAGUGGUUUAUUUUAUCUGAAAA